AUGUUCUGGUCUCAGGGUGUAGCUGCCCCUCUGGUGCUGGUGUUGAAUCCUCUGUUCCUAGUGUUGCUGCUGCAACAGCAGGUAGCUGAGGCUGAGGUCUGGGCUGAGGAUGAGGUCUGGGCUGAGGCCAAGAUAGGGGCUGAUGCUGGGGUUGGGGUCUGGGCUGAUGCUGGGGUUGGGGCUGAGGCCGGGGCUGAGGCCACCGUUGGGGUCUGGGUUGAUGCUGGAGUUGGGGCUGAGGCCAAGGUCGGGGCUGAGGCUGGGGUCAGGGGCGAGGCUGGGGUCGGGGGUGAGGCUGGGGUCGGGGGUGAGGCUGGGGUCGGGGGUGAGGCUGGGGUCGGGGGUGAGGCUGGGGUCGGGGGUGAAGCUGGGGUCGGGGGUGGGGUCGGGGCUGGGGCCGGGGCUGGGGUUGGGGCUAAGGCUGGGGUUGGGGCUGGGGUCGGGGCUGAUUCUGGGGUCGGGGCUGGGGUCAGGGCUAAGGCUGAGGUCGUAGCUGAGGCUGAGGCUGUGACUGAGGCUGGGGUCGGGGUUGGGGCUGAAGCUGGGGUCGGGGAUGAGGCCGGACCUGGGGCUGAUGCCAGUUUUGGGACUUGUUUAGCUGGGGUCGGGGCUAGUGAGGCCGGGGAUGUGGCUGAGGUCGGGGCUAGUGAGGCUGAGGACGAGGUCAGCAGCUGUCCCAAGGGAUGCCUGUGUUGCUCCGACAUCCUCAGCUGCGCCGACCAGGGUCUGAAGGCGCUGCCCUCCGAGCUGCACGCAUACAUCACCACCCUAGACCUCAACCACAACCACCUGACUGAGUUGAAGGAGGGAAGCUUUGCCACACUGCCCCGUCUGGAGUCCCUCCGCCUAGCUCACAACCGGCUGAAAUGCCUCGAGGCCGGAACCUUCCGGAACAGCAGCUCGCUACGGCAACUGGACCUGUCGUCCAAUCAGCUAGACAAAGUGGAGGUGCACUACUUCCUGGAGCUGACAGGAUUGGAGGAGCUGCUGCUCUUCAACAACCGCAUCGUUCGGGUGGAGAGCAAGGCCCUGGCUGAGCUCGGAAACCUGCGCAAGGCCUACAUCAGCCACAACCACCUCACGGACUUCCCAUUCUUCUCCAUCCAGGAGGACAGCCACCCCUUCCUGGCCACUAUGGACCUGUCCUCCAACAGCAUGUCCAAACUCCCCUUGGUGGACAUCGAGACCCUGCCGGCGGCCUUGCAGAGCGGACUCUUCCUCCAUAACAACACCCUGAUCUGCGAGUGCGAAAUGUACAACAUGUUCCGGCGCUGGGAACUGAAGGGAUUCACCUCCAUCAGGGAUUUUCGUGAGGAGUACACCUGCCUGGUGUAUGGGGAACGCAAGGCCUCCGUUAAGUUUUUCCAGCACAGACGCUUCUUUGAACUGAACUUAAACUGCAGUUCGGCGGUGGCUGGAGUUGUCAGGGAGCCUGAGGGCAGCCUGCUGGUGUACGAAGGAGACGGCGUGGUUCUGGACUGUCACACCACGCUCAGAGGACAGCACCUGACCUACCUGUGGGUGUCGCCUCACCAUGGAGCCGGAGCUCCGCCGGAGAACAACGGCACUCUCCGCAUGCACGCCAACGGCAGCCUGGAGAUCGUAUCAGCGCAGGCUGAAGACUCCGGUGUGUACUGGUGCAAGGUCUUUGACACAGUCAAGAGGAACGAGUCAUGGGAGGUCAACGUGACAGUGUUGAUGCGGCACGACGAGGCCGAGCCCUUCAACACGGGGUUUACGACCCUCAUAGGGUGCGUGACGACCCUCGUCCUGGUCCUCAUGUACCUCUACCUGACCCCCUGCCACUGUUGGUGCUGCAAGCAGCCCCCGCCGCCGGGUACCCCCAGCCAAGCCAACGACCAGUGCAGCGCCCAGUCCUCGAUCCUGACCUCCCCCCCACCCACCACCACUGAGGGCCCAGGCCGCAAGGUCAGUAACAACAAGCAUGUGGUGUUUCUGGAGCCCAUCAAAGAGGUGUAGAACGGCCGACUAAGGGCGGUUUUAGUUUCGAGGCACCCCAUCACCUCAGUCUUCUGACUCACCCAUUGUGCCAUAACACCAGACAGACAGCCAUCUCCUACUGUACUUUCCCUCUACCCAACACCUCCCUCCUCUACUCCACCCCACUCCCAGAGAAAGUUUGUUGGGCUACCCACCAGGCAGGGAGUUAGACACUGCCUCUCAUUGUAGGGGAAAGGCAGCAGAGAUAAAGAGAGGGAGUAGGGAGAGAGGCAGAAAUAGGGAUCGGAAGAGGAGGCAGGGAGARAGAAAGCAAGACAGCGAAAGAGAGCAGAGAAAUGAAAACGUAAACUCAACUGGGCCAGACAGGUUUGACUGGACUGCCUUAUCAGAGGAGUAAAGCUGUAAGGAGCAUAUUGAGUGAGAAACAGAGACACCGGGUUAGGGUGACUUUCCCCAAAGUGUCGUGGUUUUUCAGAAAUCCAGAUUUGAAGAUUCCUGGAAUUACGAGGGGGAAUACGSAGGAAUACUCAGGCAAUUCUCCAACCAGGAUUUCUGUAAAAGAUUUWAAAAAUUUAUGGAAAGUUACCUGAAUUUUAUAACCCAACACUGGGUGAAUAUCCAAAACAAAACAAAACAGGAGCUGUCCCUGUUUGCACGGCUUGAACCCUUUAAUAAACCAUAUCUACUGUUAUGGAUGCUUUGUCUAGAAACAUAAAAUCAAUCAAAGUCAUAAUUGUACAUCUUGAAAAGUUUUUUUUAUUUUUAUUGUAAGUCAGAUUAUUAUCAGAAUCAGAUCUAUAAAGUAUCAACUUUAUAGAAGAAAGACGGAUAGAGAAAAAGUCAUUUGAAACCCCACUGUCACCCUGUUAAAUACCUUCGCUGUCGAUUACAAAGAAAAGCAGAAAACUGAGAACUGAGUACGUGUGCAGAACGGUUGAACAGCAGACCUGCUGUGAUUACGAUGAGAGGAGAUAGAGGGGAUCGCUCCUGUUGUACACGUUUCUUAUUGACGUUCAGCCAUGUUGGUUGCUACACUGACAAAUACAAAGUGCCAAAUAACUAAAGUUAUGGUAAAUGUGUCGCUAGAUUGAAAAGGACUUUCCAAAACAGACAGCUUGUUGUUUUCCAAUUGGAAUUAUUUACCUCCUCUAUCACCACGUACCCCAACACCCUUCUCCUCCCUCACACUUCUCCCCCUCCCUACUUCCUCUCCCCCUCCCUACUUCCUCUCCCUACAUCUCACAUCCUUUCUUUCUCAAUCAGUUAAUACAUCUUAAUUAAUUAAUUCAUAUUAGUUAAUAAAGC